AUGCCCCGACUAAAAUAUGCAUCAAUUCUCCGAGUACUGGUUAUUCUGGGGCUGUUCUGCGUUUGGAUCCAGAUUAUGCUGUCAGCUUCCAGUGGUAUCAUGGAUAAGGAUGUGGAACAGCUGAUGAACUCAAAUGACACGUCGGAGCAAGUUCUUGCGUUAGUGCCUCCUGAGCUACAUAAGUACCUGACUGUUCAUCCUAGGAAUUUUAGUGCGAAUACCACCGAAAAAUAUGGGCCAAAAAACGUCACAGAUAUACUUCGAGCGAUCCACAGAGUGAAUGAAGCACAGACUAUUUAUAACGAAAAUAUAUUCGGUCCAGUCCAGAAUGACACGAUCAUCAUUGCUAUACAGGUCCACACAAGACUCACGUAUCUCAGGCACUUGAUCGUAUCUCUUGCCCAAGCCCGAGAUAUAGAUAAAACACUGCUCAUAUUCUCCCACGAUUAUUACGAUGAAGAAAUCAACAGUUUGGUUCGAAGUAUAGAUUUUACUAAGGUUAUGCAAAUUUUUUUCCCGUAUUCAGUGCAGACUCACCCCACAGAAUUUCCAGGAUUCGAUCCUAACGACUGUCCGCGAGACGUCAAAUUAGAACAGGCGUUAAAACUGAAAUGCAACAACGCAUUACACCCGGACCUACACGGCCACUACCGGGAGGCGAAAUAUACUCAAACAAAACACCACUGGUGGUGGAAAGCUAACAGAAUAUUUAAUCAACUACAAUGCACUAUGGGUCAUACAGGUAUGGUGGUUUUUCUAGAAGAAGAUCACUAUGUGGCAGAAGAUUUUAUUCACAUGCUUCAACUCCUUCGUUCGACAGCGGAUAAAACUUGUCCGCAAUGCGAAAUAUUAUGUCUCGGGACCUAUCUCAAGACCUAUCAGUACCACAGUAAUAGUGAUAAGAGAAAGAAGCAGCUCACUCUUAACUACAUACAACAAGUGCGAGCGGUGAGUGAAGAGAGAAGAAAGAGACAGCAAGAGUGGAACUAUCAAGUCUAUCCGAAUCUCUAUUCGAGUACUCAAAAGGUGGAAAUAACACCAUGGCACUCAAGUAUGCAUAACAUGGGAAUGGUUUUCAAUAGGACUGUAUGGGAAAGUAUUAUGGCGUUAGAGGAUCAAUUUUGUGCGUACGAUGAUUAUAAUUGGGAUUAUUCAUUGUUACAUUUAUCCCAAAAUAGGCCGGGAAGGGAGAAAUUCAAAGUUAUACUGUGUAAAGGUCCACGGGUCUUCCAUAUAGGCGAGUGCGGUUUCCACCACAAAAAGUCUAAUUGCAACGCGUCGACAGUCAUAAGUAAAGUACAAAAGCUACUGCAGGAUGCAAAGUCCUAUCUGUAUCCGUACAGAGUUACUGCUACCAUCAGUGCGGGGGGUGCGAAACAUAACAAGAAAUUGACUAAAGGGAACGGGGGAUGGGGUGAUUUGAGAGAUCAAGAGCUAUGCACGAAUAUGACAAAGAUAGGUCGUGAAAUGAGAAAGUAUAUUUACUACGCG